UGUCAGAUUACAGGUGACAACUGACUGUGUCACACACGUCAAGCAGCUAAGAUAUUCGGCUUUCGUUCGGUUUUUCUUCUUCUUCUUCGGUUUUGUGCGGGUUUUUCUUGUGUUGUCUUCAAUUGUUUUUGUAGUUGGUAUAGUUUCUCGCUCUAUCCUUUUUGCUCGCCAUCUACGGUACUGUAUGCUGUACACUGUACUCCUCCCUGCCAGUGCGCUUACCGUCUCUACUAUAUCUUGUGUGUGCCAUAAUUUUCAAUUACCACCAUAACAGUUCUAUUAGUUGUUGGUUUGUGACGACUUCGCCGCGCCACCACCGACACCGAGGCCAAGGAGGACUCAACACUGCCGAUAAGGAGCUAUGAUUAGUUAAUUUAGUUUAUGCACUCGCAGCGAACAGACGUCUGUCAUCCAUCAAACUCGCGCGUCAACGUCAACUACCUAUCAUAUAGAAUUUCAAAUCUUGUUUUUGACAUUUCGAACAAGUGUCGUCGUUAUUAUUAUGCGAUGCAAAAAGUGACAAGUGUGAAUCAUAAAUAAAAUAUCUUUGUGAUUUUUAAACAAAUCGAAUAAAAUUCGAACUUAAGUUCGAAAAUAUUGAAAACAUUUAAACAAAUUUUCGAAAUUAAUUAAUUUUAAAAAAAAGAAGUGUUUUGUUUUUGAGUGUUGAGUGCUUGAUAUAAUUUUGUGAUCUUUUGGAACAAGCAAUGGCCCUUGAGGAUCGUUGUAGUCCACAGAGUGCCCCAAGUCCACCCGGUGCCCCACAUUCACCUCAAAGUACCUCAUCACCACCAAUGCACGUUCUCGACAUGAGUCUGUCACAGAAUCAUCUUCUCCAUCAUCAUCACCACCAACACGGCAUAACAAUGGCUGCCAUUCAUCAUGCGGCCAUGAAUCCACUGCUCCGAUAUCCGAUCAGUCCUUGUGAUGGAAGUUUGCAUGACUCCAACACAAAUGACCAAUCAUCACCGCUGCGUCAUCAAAUCAAAGAGGAAGAAACAGACUCCAUAAUGGGUGACGAGGACAACGAACAGGACAUCAGUGUGACCGACGAUGACGAUGAUCUGUCUCAACAUCGAUCAUCAGCAGCUCCAAUGCCAGCGAUAACCUUCUCGAUCAGCAACAUCCUCAGCGAUCGCUUUGGUCAUCCACAAAAGCUACCUUCAACUUCAACACCAGUGUCGCACAAGAAAGAACAGCAUCAGACCAGUCCGGUGAGUGCGAAUAGCAUCUUCCGGCCGUUUGAGGGCGCUCGAAUUCCCGAAAGAUCUGCAUUCACCCGCUUAACUCCACCCGCUGAUGUCUUGGACUUUAGCCGGCAGCAACAUCAGCAGCAACAAGCAGCUGCCGCUGCUGCAGCAAUGAUGCUGGAACGGGCGAGUUUCCUUAACUACUUCAACCCGGUCGCCUAUCCACGAAUCCAUGAGGAGAUUAUGCGACGAAGUGCUAAACCACCGACGGCGGGGACGAUGUCGUCAGGGUCAGCACUUCCUGAAAAAAUGCCACCUCUCGGAAGCCUCUGCAAGGCAGUCUCUCAAAUUGGACAACCGCAGCAGUUGUCUUCACCGUCGCCAGCAGCGUUACAGCACUCAUCAUCAUCGACACAAUCAUGCAUGUCAAGUCCACCCCCAGCGUCGAAUAUGUCAUGCACUUCCUCGGGAUCUUCGUCGUCGUCAUCCUCGUCAACUGCACCAUCAGGAAUUGGUUCGUCAUCUUCGAAUACAUCGUCAUCACGAAAAUGCAAUAGCCCCCAACCAAUUCCUCCACCAUCGGUUGUGAGUCGUGAUUCUGGAAUGGAAUCUUCAGAUGAUACUCGCUCCGAGUCCGGUUCGACGAAAGACGAAAACGGACAAAUGUGGCCAGCUUGGGUCUAUUGCACCCGAUACAGUGAUCGUCCUAGUUCAGGUCCACGUUAUCGUCGUCCAAAGAAACCAAAAGACAAGACUCAAGUCGAUGAAAAGAGACCUCGCACAGCGUUCUCCGGUGAACAAUUAGCAAGAUUGAAACGUGAAUUCAAUGAAAAUCGCUACCUUACCGAACGUAGACGCCAACAAUUGAGCUCCGAAUUGGGUCUAAAUGAGGCACAAAUAAAAAUUUGGUUCCAAAAUAAACGCGCUAAAAUUAAGAAAUCAACAGGAUCGAAAAAUCCUUUGGCAUUGCAAUUGAUGGCUCAAGGUCUUUACAAUCAUACAACAGUUCCAUUGACAAAAGAAGAAGAGGAAUUGGAAAUGCGAAUGAAUGGACAAUUGUAUGAUGGAUAAAUAAAAUAUUAACAACAAAUAAAAGAACGAACAAAAGUAGAAGAAAAACAAUCCUGAUCCUUGUGCAAUAUUUAUUUAAACAAAUUUUAUUUAAUAUUCUUUUUUCAUAUCAUGAUCAAAAAUUGUAAAUAAACCUUAAAAAAAAGGACAUUUUGAAAAAAAAGAAAACAUUUCCAAAAAAAUAUGAAAAAACAUCAUCGCAUCCAUCAAUGAGACUAUUAAUUUUAUUUAUUUAUCAUUUAUUAUGUUUUGUAAAGAAAAUUUAUUUAAUAAAAUAAAAUAUCUACAUAUUUUCAAAUACAAAUACAAAUUUAAAAAAAAAACUUGUGAUAUUAACGACAUAAUGCUACAUUUUAAUUAUUAUAUAUAUUUUUUCUUCUUUAAAUAAACAAAUAA